GUUAAGGUAACGUUCUAACUCGUACGAGAGCAGAACAGAGCCUCCUAUACUAUCAUGGAGAGUCUCGUCGCUGAGCUCACCUCGGCUGAAGAUCUUCAGGACCAGCUAAUAAAGAUGACUGUACGGCGAGAUGAGCUCUACGCCUGGUUUCAGGAGAUCAGGGAAGCCAUAAACGCCGUUGAUCUCGAGAAAUACAAACUGAAAAAGGAGGUGAUUCGCCUAAUAGAAGAAACGACCACUCCAAAUAUCCCGCUGAUUGUCUACGACGGUACAAACAACGACAACAACAUUGUUAAUCCUUACCCAAGCUUGCCCAUGGUGGGGGACCAUACAUCGAGGACGGCAAAUAAGGGGAAAGCCAGUUCUAUGUUUGUAGUGGUGAAGUAUAUUGAACCCCAUACAGUGGUGCAGUAUUUGAAAUAAAAUUAAAACGAGGAGGAGAAGACCAUAUGGGCUGUGGUGCCGGAAGAGAAGGAGUCACUCAUGAUGAACCCCAACUACUUGAACCUAUAGUCAAGUUAUUUGGUUGUUAUGCGAUUCAGACUGCGAGGAUUUUCAGCCACUCUCAGUUAUUUAUACUCCUAGAGAACGAUAUUACGCACAAGACACUGCAUGGAUAUGCUAUUAACACGAAGACUUUGUCAGUGGCUUCAUUCGUGCCCCCGGGAGUUUCUAAGCGGGCUGGGGUCAUUGUUUCUGCGUAUGGGAAACUUUAUCAUCUUGCAGCUCCAGUACACCCCGAAAAACUAUCCUUUGACAGUUACGAUCCUGCUACAAAUCUGUGGACGCCUCUGCCAAAGUUUCCAUUUUAUUCUACGUAUCC